CGUCAGUGCCCGGCGGGGAGCGGGUCCCAGGCCGCCGCCGGACCGGAGGCUAAGGGGGCCUCUGGGAGCUCCCUCGCCGGGCCCUCUGUAGCCUGAUGGCGUAGGAAGGACGGGCUGUGAGUGUUGACAUUGAGUGUUUCAGAUCUGGUCACUAUGGUCCGAGAACGAAAAUGCAUCUUGUGCCACAUUGUGUAUGGCUCAAAAAAGGAGAUGGACGAACACAUGCGGAGCAUGUUGCAUCACAGGGAGCUUGAGAACCUGAAGGGCAGGGACAUUAGUCAUGAGUGCCGAGUGUGCGGGGUCACAGAAGUGGGUCUCUCUGCAUAUGCAAAGCACAUUUCUGACCAGUUGCACAAAGAUAAUGUUGAUGCCCAGGAAAGAGAAGAUGAUGGAAAGGAAGAGGAAGAAGAAGAUUAUUUUGACAAGGAACUUGUUCAGUUAAUAAAGGAAAGAAAAGAACAAAGUCGACAAAAUGAGCCUUCCAGUAACAGCCAAGAAAGAAACUCAGAUGACAGGCAACCCCAGUGGAGACGAGAAGACCGAGCCCCUUACCAAGACAGAGAGAGCUAUGGCCAGCCAGCAAGGCAUCACCGUGGACCUCCGCAGCGGGACUGGAAAUGGGAAAAAGACAGCUUUAAUAACACCAGGAAAAGUAGCUUUCCGCAUUUGAGGAAUAGCGGUGGGCCAAGAGGAGGUUCUGGGUGGCAUAAAGGUGCUGCAAGGGGCUCAUCAGCCUGGUUCCAUAAUCACAGCAACUCUGGAGGUUGGCAUUCAAACAAUGGGGUGGUGGAUUGGAACUAUAAUGGUACAGGAAGGAAUUCCAGUUGGCAUUCUGAAGGAACAGGUGGCUUUUCCAGCUGGCACAUGAACAACAGUAACGGAAACUGGAAAUCCAGUGUGCGUGGUACAAAUAGUUGGAAUUACAAUGGCACUGGAGACAAAUUUCAACAAGGCAGAAACAGAAAUUCUAACUAUCAAAUGGAAGACAUGACCAAGAUGUGGAACAAAAAACCUAAUAAGCCAAGUAAGUACAAUCAAGAGAGAUACAAAUGGCAGUGGCAGGACAGUGACAAAGCUGGCAAAUACAGAGGUCCUGCCGAGGGGUUUGCCAGUGACAAGUUCCCUUUGGAAGGCUUACACGAGUUCAAUUUUGAGCAGCGGGAAAGUCAGACCACUAAACAGACAGACACAGCAGCCUCAAAAAUUAAUGGAAAGAACGGCAACACAGCAAGGGAGAAGUUCCGCCGCUGGGCACCUUAUCCUUCCCAGAAGACUCCAGAUUUACAGUCGGCCCUCAGAGAAGCCACUGGCAACAAGUCAGAAGUGGUAGAUAAACCUCUCUUUAAUUUUAGCUUAAUAACUGCAGGAAUGCAAGAACCCGUUGAUAAAACGAUGCUAAAAACACAAAAGGAAGUGCGUCCUGGAUCUCCCAGUCACAAAGCCGGUCCUGAUGGCACUGCUUUCUGCGAGGCGGAGAGAGCUUGCCCUAUUACUGAACAGUCUGAACCACAUUGGAAGUCAAGUAAGAGUCCAUUGUUGAAAUCCCCUCUCCUUUCACUUCCAACUCCUAAACCAGGCCCUCAUAAACAUAGUUUAAAGAACCGCUCAAAAAACAAUGAGACAAAAUCCUUUUCUCCUGGAGAUCGUUCAUAUCUCUUGAACAAAUCCACUGUAGAAGGUAGCCAUGGUUCUUCCUACUCACCCAAGUCACAUGACGUAUGCCCUCGUGUUUUAAAGGGGAGUAAAACUGUGUCAGGCUCUGAAAAGGAACCUGACCAGAAGUUAAAUGACACAUCACAGAAAGCUCAAGAGGCACUCCAGUGUUCCAAAACACCGCGGAAGCCGCUCCUUAGCGCGCCCAAAAGGCCUGAGAACCGUGUAAAAGAAAGUAGGAGUGUGGAGGAGUCAGCAGAAGACUCUGUAAACAUUGAGUGUCAGGCGCGCUCGGCUGAAAUUGAUGGUGCCACAUCUGAUCCAGAAAAGCACAGCGAAAAAAGUGGAGCAGUGGAUCUGGCAGCUACAGAGGCCGCAUCCUGUAGUGCUCACACUGCGGGCGAGGAGCUAGGGAGCCAGGUCCUGGGCACAUCUGGGACCCUUUCCACCUCCCCACACCAUCCCACAGUUCACCAGAAAGAGGCCGAGUUAGAGGUAGCGGAAGCAGCCAGUUCACACUCUAGCUUACUGCUAGACUUGAAGACCUCUCUAGAAGGUGUACAGGAUAACAACCUUGUUAAAUCUGAUAGACCUUUUGAAACAGAGAGCUUUGAGGGUGCUAGCUUGGACACAGAGCUUCAGAAAAGUGAUAUCAGUAAUCAGCCUCCAGGCACACUCCUGCCAGAUCUAAGUAAACUUGGUUUUCCUGCCUCGCUCCAGAGAGAUCUAACCCGACACAUUAGUUUGAAGAGCAAAACUGGAACACAUCUUCCAGAGCCAAACCUCAAUAGUGCUCGACGGAUUCGGAAUAUUAGCGGCCACCGAAAGAAUGAAACAGAGAAGGAGUCUGGGCUUAAGCCAACCCUACGACAGAUUCUAAAUGUGUCAAGGAGAAAUGUCAACUGGGAACAGGUCAUUCAACAAGUAACCAAGAAAAAGCAAGAGCUGGGCAAAGGUUUACCCAGGUUUGGCAUAGAAAUGGUACCUUUGGUUCAAAAUGAACAGGAAGUCUUGGAUUUAGAUGAAGAGCCUGAUCUGUCCAGACUUGAAGGAUUCCAGUGGGAAGGUAUUUCCAUUUCCACAUCCUCCGGCUUGGCAAGAAAACGAAGCCUUUCUGAAAGCAGCGUGAUCGUGGACAGGGCUCCUGGAUAUACCUUCUUUAGUGAGGAAGGUACCGGCAAAGAAAAUGAACCCCAGCAGGUUGCUUCACCUAGUAACACAUUGAGUACUGCCCCGAGUCAAAAGGCAGCCAUGUAUCUUGAUCAGGAAGUGGCACCUCUGACUCCCUCUGUCAGAACAGGUGAAAGGGUUGGAAACAUUCCUACCCAAAGGCGACAUAGUGCACAGUUACCAUCUGAUCCCAUGAUGCCUUUCAUGCAUUCGGCCAGAGAGCUGCACAGCCAGGAAAGGUCUACACCAUCGUUGGAGCACCGUGCCCAGGAGAGCAGUGGAGAGGGAAACUCACUAUCAUCAAAUGCAUCUUCAGUUCAUGCGAUCUCCAGCCUAGCAGAUGCAGCCACUGACAGUAGCUGUACUUCAGGUGCUGAGCAGAAUGAUGGGCACAGUGUUAGAAAGAAGCGAAGAGCCACCGGGGAUGGAUCUUCCCCUGAACUACCAAGUCUUGAGAGAAAAAAUAAACGGAGGAAAAUUAAAGGAAAGAAAGAACGUUCUCAGGUUGACCAGCUACUGAAUAUCUCCUUAAGAGAGGAAGAACUGAACAAGUCGCUGCAGUGCAUGGAUAACAACCUCCUGCAGGCGCGGGCUGCUCUGCAGACAGCUUAUGUGGAAGUUCAGAGGUUGCUCAUGCUCAAGCAGCAGAUAACUAUGGAGAUGAACGCACUGAGGACUCACAGAAUACAGAUUCUACAAGGAUUACAAGAAACGUAUGAGCCCUCUGAGCAGGCAGAACAGGCUCCCCACAGCUUCACAGCACGAGAACAAAGGAACAGUCAAUCUCAGACCUCUGUUGAGACCCCACUGCUGCCUACUCCCUUUUUCCCAGGGUUUCUGGAGCCGCCUCCUUCCCAUGUGUCCCUACCAUCCACUGGAACCCCUCUCCAAUUAACCACGUCUGCUUUCCAAGUCCAUGGUACUGUCCCUGAGUCAUCAGUUCAGAUUAAACAAGAGCCCAUGUCUCCUGAACAAGAGGGGAGUAUGAAUGCUGUGCCCCAAGGCCCUGCUUCCAGUGUGUCCAAGGAAUUACUGCAGACUAAUAGACUGGUCAGUGACAGCUUCCCAGUUUACCCAGCCACCCCUGCAGCAUUAACUUCAGAGUCAACAGAAAGCUGCCUGGAGGCUAACCGAGAUAAGAAUUCUCCUGUGGGGCAAGUAAAUUCCAGAAGCAGAGAAAACUCCCUCUCCUCCCAGUCUCCUGAGCGACCUGGCAUAAACAAAGGUGAAGAGUCUGCCAAAGGCAGCAGCGGUUCUGAAGCCUGUAGCAGUUCUUUUCUGAGGCUGUCUUUCACUCCCGAAACCCCUGUGGAGAAGGAGACUCACUCUCCAGCUGAGCAGCAGGCUGAAUCCACACUGGCAUCAGCAGAAACUAGAGGGAGCAAGAAGAAGAAGAAACUCCGGAAGAAGAAGACGCUGAGGGCCACCCAUGUUCCCGAGAACAGUGACACUGAACAGGAUGUGUUCACUGCUAAGCCUGCAAGAAAGACAAAGGCUGGAAAGGUAGCUAAAGGGGGGAAAGUAACGACCUCCACCUGGGGAGACAGCAGACCUGGGCGGGAGCAAGAACCUCUCGGAGCAGAGCCAGACAGCGAGUCCUCCCUGGAAGUCCUGGAAGUCCCUAAUCCUCAGUUAGAGGUAGUUGCCAUCGAUUCUUCUGAAUCUGGAGAAGAGAAACCAGACAGCCCAUCAAAAAAAGACAGCUGGAGCUCUGCAGAGCAAAACCCAGUGGAAGCUUCUCGUUGUGGUUGUGAUGAAGUUAGCUCUACCAGUGAGCUUGGCACCCGCUACAAGGAUGGCGUUCCUGUCAGUGUGGCAGAAACUCAGACAGUGAUCUCCUCCAUAAAAGCAUCCAAGAACUCUUCAGAAAUAUCUUCAGAGCCAGGAGAUGAUGAUGAGCCAACAGAAGGGAGCUUUGAAGGACACCAAGCUGCAGUGAAUGCAAUUCAGAUAUUUGGAAACUUGCUGUACACCUGCUCGGCAGACGCAAGUGUCCGAGUCUAUAAUUUGGUGAGUCGGAAGUGUAUUGGUGUCUUCGAGGGCCACAUUUCCAAAGUGAACUGCCUGCUUGUCACUCACACCUCUGGGAAGAAUUCUGUCCUGUACACUGGUUCCAGUGACCACACCAUUCGCUGUUAUGAUGUCAAGACCCGAGAAUGUAUAGAACAGUUAAAGCUGGAAGACCGGGUUCUCUGCCUUCAUAAUAGAUGGAAAAUCCUCUAUGCUGGACUAGCAAAUGGCACCGUGGUCACUUUCAACAUAAAGAACAACAAGCAACAGGAGAUCUUCGAAUGCCAUGGCCCUCGGGCAGUGAGCUGUCUCGCCACAGCUCAGGAAGGUGCCCGCAAACUGCUGGUCGUAGGAUCUUAUGACUGUACCAUUAGUGUCCGUGAUGCACGGAACGGGCUCCUGCUCAGAACCCUGGAGGGCCACAGCAAGACCGUUCUUUGCAUGAAGGUGGUGAAUGACCUUGUGUUCAGCGGCUCCAGUGACCAGUCAGUCCAUGCUCACAACAUCCAUACUGGUGAGCUUGUGCGCAUCUAUAAAGGUCACAAUCACGCAGUGACCGUGGUGAAUAUCCUGGGGAAGGUGAUGGUAACUGCCUGCCUGGACAAGUUUGUCCGAGUCUACGAAUUACAGUCCCAUGAUCGACUGCAAGUUUAUGGAGGACACAAAGACAUGAUUAUGUGUAUGACCAUCCAUAAAAGUGUGAUUUACACUGGUUGUUAUGAUGGAAGCAUCCAGGCUGUGCGACUGAAUCUGAUGCAGAAUUACCGCUGUUGGUGGCAUGGCUGUACUCUGAUAUUUGGUGUUGUGGAUCACUUAAAACAACACUUGCUCACUGACCACACCAAUCCGAACUUUCAGACGUUGAAGUGUCGCUGGAAGAACUGUGAUGCUUUUUUCACAGCUAGGAAAGGAUCCAAGCAGGAUGUUGCAGGACAUAUUGAACGGCAUGCUGAAGAUGACAGCAAAAUGGAUUCAUGAAGUUUUUUGCCUCCCAUGUUGGGAAGUCAUUUGUAAACUGUUUUCACAUUGGCCCUCCCACAGGCCGCUCUGUCCUCCAGUGAAGCUGGGAAGGAGAAAGUGGCUCACAGCCAGACCUACCACUAGCAAAGUCUGGGCAGUCUGUGGGAAGAUAGGUUACAUACAAUUCAAGUCUGUGCUGGAGCGUUUAAGGGUGAUGUUUAAGCAGAUUUUAAGGAAACAGGUUCUUCUGGGAGAGAUGACAGUGAUUUAUGCUAAUAGAUUAUAGUUGUUUAUUAAAGAAUCAGAUUUUAAUUGCUACCCAAUUUGACCCUAAUCAUACACAUAUUUUAUUGAUUCCAUUUUUCAUUUCUGCUUUAUGUUCGUAUGAUGGCUUAUGAUAGGUUGUUCAGGAUCAGUUUUAACUCCUUCUUUUGAGAUACCUGGGUAUUUAAAAUUGAAGCAAUCAUUUUCUUUUUUGAUAAUUAUGUGCAGUGUUUCACUAGUGAGUGCUCUGUAGAUGGACAGAGCUGGCUGUAGGAACAAAACAUGGAGAGUCCCGAGAAACAGCCUUUCUAGUGUUUUAAACCACUCAAGGGUGCUCAGUGUGGCGCCCCUUCACUGCUGCAGUCACUGCCGCUCGAACUGAAGUCUACCUUCAUUCCCUUUCCAGCAUCUGGCUCUCAGAGUCCACAGAGCCUGGACUCCUUGUGGGUUGCUCUGUGGCCGGCCCCUAUCUCUGACUACCUUGCUGUGCCUAAAGCAAUGGCACAGGGGGCUCAUGGGUGAGCUGGGGAAAGCGUCUAAAUUCAGAGAUGUGACUUCUGGAGCAGUGUCUGCCUCACGUCUGUGCCACUCAAGAGCACCCAUGUCACGUGCCUUAGCAGGAUCGCUUUGGGCUUGGAUUGUCUCGAGACUUGUGUGUAAAACUAAACAAGUGUUACUUUCUAAUCUUUUGUUUCUGGAUUCUCAAAACUCGGGUUCUUCAGAAGGAGAGGACCCUCAUACCACACUUCCUAGCUUCAGAAUGCAAUGCUUUCUGGUACUAGGAUUGCAGAUUCUGUUUUUGUACCUGGCCUGAUCAAACCUCCCCAUAGCAUAAGCUCUAGGGCAGGGCAACUCCACCAGGGAUUGAUGGAUGGGCUGCAAGCCAGUCUGAAUCCUCUGAAAUUGCAUGGAAGACUAAGUAUGUCUUUUUUUCCCCCUUGGAAUGGUUCCAGUAGUUCUUACUGGAUCCAGAAAAUGUUAAGAAUGAAUCUAGCGGCUGAUGAUAACUCAUGAGUGACUAUUGUUUGGGAAAACUUUGUUGACCACAUGGCUUAGAUAUGAAGAGAACCAUGGCUGCUGCUGAGAUCUUACUGACAAAGCAUAAUUAUGCCAUUUCUGUGUAAGAUUAAAAACCUUCCCCACCUCUCACCUCCACUCCCUGUAAGGGUGACCAGAGGACACACACUUCUGUGAGUCUGGGAAGUGAUUACUUAGCAAAGCUCAUGUGGGUUUAUUGCUAAACCUGCAUCAUUCUCUGGACUACAGCAUCUCCCGGGUUUCCACAUAGGCGGGCAGCAUGCUAAGGAAGCACAGGUUCCUGUUUACCCAGGGGAGUGCAGGAAGGGAUGAGGGUGGUGGAGCUGGUGCGCAGCAGGGAAGAAGAAUGGCAGGUGUUGACCAGCAGUGGGGAACGCUUGAGGGCUUAAGGGCAGGAUCAGUAGGAACUGUGGUCAGAGUUUCCCUUGGUGGCAUUGUGUGCAUGUGUUUGUCUGCUCGCUCGUGUGUGCGCUCACACGCGUGCACCUGCACUGCCGUGUCCUCAUUUCACAAGGGUCUCUUUGAAGCAGUGGAUUGAGAACUGUUCUCCGGGUUGAGCGGCUGCCUGCAGGAGACAGAGGUGUGACUCCUGCCUAAGUUGUUCACUAAGUCUAUCAUUCACAUCAGCCCCCGGUUCCCCUAGAGGGGGCAGCUCGGGUCUGCUGAUUUGAUGAAGGACGUGACUAAUAGCCUGCCAAACCCAAGACAUUUCUUAGGAGUACUUGCAGGUCAUUUUUAAUGUUUUUAAUCUUUUAUGCCUAGUCCAGCAGCUCAAAGCAAAGAAAAUCUUAAAAAAUCCUUUUGUGUUUACAGUGACGGUUCUAAUAAAAUACCAAACACUUUGAUUUUUUUUUAAAGUUUUCACUUAGAUUCAAAACACAUAUUGACAUAUUUUGCUCAACUGUAAACAAUGCAAAUUUAAAAAGGACAAGACAUGUCAUUCUGACAUUACUUAGGUUUGAGAAGUUGUUAUUCAGCAUUACACUUGUUACUUUUGUGAGGCAAAUGUUUUAUUCAGGAGAGUUAGUAGUUGAGAAUUUGAAUUCAUGAAUUACACAGAACCAAGCCAAUACUUUUUGCGAUUGAAGUGACUCUUGCUAACCAAGGUUUGGUUUUGUUCUCUUGUUUCUGGUAGAUUUAUCUAUGGGACAAUUUUAGUGCGUGGGCAUGUGGCCGAGUUGUUGGGUGUAGGUGCACACUUAUAAGAAUGACAGUAUUAUCUCAUGGAAGAUAAUUCAUUGGGAAGGAAAUUGAGGUAUAUCGUGAACAACACUGGUCUUGUGGUUUGGUUAAAUAGCUGCGAUUUGCUUAUACUUACAUAGCAAAUUUGUUCCUGUUGCUUCAAGGAGAAUUCUAGGAUUAACUAUUAAGGCUGUACUUCUGUACUUGUAGUGGUUUCAUCCCUGUCCUGUCAUUGAGAGCCUUGGGUUUGAGGGAGGUGGCCCAGUAGGUAAGAAAGGAAGAAGCUGUGGUGGGGGUGAGGUCCCACACUUCCAUAUGCAGAUGUGUGUAAGAUUAACUAACCUACUGCUCACCACACAGCAACCUUCUCUUCACCUCCAGCCCAAGGACAAGGCCCAGAAGUAGCCCAGUGCUGGCAGAGGGUAGAAAGGAAAGGCCGUGGGCGGAGUAAUGCCCAGAACUGCCCAGCAACUUGGUUUCUUAUUGUAUUCCAACAUUAAAUAUGGAUUAGAAGAAAUGUCAGGUGACAUUUGACUGCAAAGAUAUUUCUAAACAGCCUUCUUACGUUUUGGUAUAAAAGCUGUGAACUUCAUAACUUUGUGAGAUAUAAAGCAAAUACAAGAAGAAAAUAAAGUACUUUUACUAAGUGUU